AUGAACAAUUUUGAUUUGAUUUUAUAUUUGACAGAAAGAACUGAAACAGAAGAACAAAAGGCAGUGGUUGUGGCAUUCCGUGAUGCCUGGACAGCUUACAAAACUCAUGCCUGGGGUAAAGAUGAACUGCGACCUAUCAGUAAAUCACAUAGUACAUGGUUUGAUAUUGGAUUAACUAUUGUUGACUCUUUAGAUACAUUAGUGAUACUUGGAUUAAAGAAAGAGUUUGAAGAAGCUAGAGAGUGGGUAGAGAAAGAGUUAUUAUUUGAUAAAAGUAGAUCUGUUAAUCUAUUUGAGAUAACUAUAAGAGCUCUAGGUGGAUUGUUAAGUACAUAUCAUUUAACUGGUGAUACAUUAUUCAGAGAUAAAGCUAAAUUACUAGGUGAUAAGUUGAUGCCUUGUUUCAAUACACCUUCUAAAGUACCUUAUUCUGAUGUCAAUUUAAAGACUGGCAAGGCUCAUUCUCCUAGUUGGUCACCUGAUAGUAGUACAUCUGAGAUCUCAACCUUACAAUUAGAGUUUCGUGAUUUAUCUCGUGUUACUGGUGAUGAGAAAUAUGAAGAUGUUGCCAGUAAAGUGUCAGAACAUCUCCAUAAUCUACCUAAAACUAAUGGUCUGGUACCAAUAUUUAUCAACGUACAGUCUGGUAAUUUCCGACCUUCAUCAACUAUCACAUUUGGGGCUAGAGGAGAUAGUUAUUAUGAAUAUUUAUUAAAACAAUGGAUACAAACAGGCAAAAAGAAUUCAGUAUAUAAAGAUGAUUAUAUAGAAUCUAUAGAAGGUGUAAAAGAUAAAUUACUAAGAAAAUCAGAACCUAGUAAAUUAACAUUUAUUGGUGAAUUACUCUCUGGUAGAACUUUUAGUCCGAAAAUGGAUCAUCUUGCCUGUUUCCUACCUGGUACACUAGCUUUAGGAACAUAUUUUGGAUUAAAGGAAGAUCAUCUAGAAUUAGCCAAAGAAUUAAUGCAUACUUGUUUUCAAAUGUAUGCUAGAAUGCCAACUAAACUAAGUCCUGAAAUAACAUACUUUAAUUUAGCACCUGGUGCUCCAGAAGAUCUAAUUGUGAAGCCUUUGGAUGCCCAUAAUUUAUUACGACCAGAGACUGUAGAAAGUUUACUGUAUUUAUAUAGAAUUACUGGUGAUAAAAAAUAUAGACAAUGGGGCUGGAUAAUAUUUCAGGCAUUUGAAAAAUAUACCAAAGUUCCUAGUAUGGGCUAUUCCUCUAUUAAUAAUGUCAAAUCAUUAAAGCCCAAUUUUAAAGAUAAAAUGGAAAGUUUCUUUUUGGCAGAAACAUUAAAAUAUCUAUAUCUUCUAUUUAGUGAUGAUCCUUUGUUUUUAUCUUUUGAUAAAUAUGUUUUUAAUACUGAAGCUCAUCCUUUACCUAUUUAUAACUCAUAA